GGAGAGGAAAUGUUCAAGGUGAAGAUGGCAUUAAGCUGAAGAAAGUGAGAAAAGCCCCCGUCUCGUCUUAUAAGAAAGUUUAUUCUUGCAGCAGCGAAGGAGACAAAGGACGAGGAACGAUUGUUGAGUCGGUUCAAACAGAGACAAGGGAGUUUUGAGAAUUCCUACUUGUAUCAGCACUUCUACACAUUCCAAUACCUCUUGUCUGCUGGAGAGGUGCAGAGCUUUGGCUGAAGCCAUGAUGUCUCAGAGGAUCCUGAUCUGGCGCACUGUGUGAAGGGACCAGCACGAGGGACAGGCUGACUGACCUGGAUAAGAGUUAAAUCAGAGCCAAAGAAGCCAACAUACAUACUUACUUAUUUUGGGAGGUGGAUCUCAGGCAUUAAUACUCUGUCCAAAUCAGUUCUUCAAUGUUCGUCAUAGGCCCGCUUUCUGGGUUGGUGAUGACUGAGACACGUCCAGGAGUGAUGUGGUUGUUCUGGGCGGGUUAAAACCACUCAGGCUGUCAUCCAGUAGCAGUGGUAAAGCUGGAGCUCCAGAGGAGGACAGCACUGACGUCCAUGCCAGGCAUUCACUGGAUGAAAAAAGAAGACAAAAAAAAAACAACAAAAAUGAGCAGACUGCUGUGCUUUUGGUGUCAUGGUGCCUUUUAACAUUGUUGGAUCCUACUGCUGUUCCACCCUGUUGACUGUCUGACCUUAAGAUGUGGAAGUUCAAAGCAUUUUGCCUGGAUUACUGGCAUGUGCUGUGUUUGCACCCACACAGCAACUUUUACAAAAGUGUGGAAGGGGAUGGACGGCCCAGUGAGAGUGGCCCUUCCUUGGAUGGCGGAGCCAGCUAUGGCCAGGGUCCGGUAACUCACGGCUCGGCCAUCAGCCCUGACCGAUUUGACAGCCCGCUUUAUAGCCACGGGGUCCAACCUGGGCCACAGAGGCCCCGUCGGCCCAAGCUCCAGCACUCACAAUCUAUCCUCCGUAAGCAGGCUGAGGAGGAGGCAAUCAAGCGCUCCCGCUCGCUGUCUGAGAGCUAUGAGCUCUCUGCUGACCUCCAGGAUAAACAGGUGGAGAUGCUGGAGCGUAAAUAUGGUGGAAGAUUCAUAACUCGGCAUGCAGCUCGCACCAUUCAGACGGCCUUCCGUCAGUAUCAAAUGAACAAAAACUUUGAACGGCUCAGGAGUUCAAUGUCAGAGAACCGUAUGUCCAGACGCAUCGUCCUCUCUAACAUGAGGAUGCAGCUUUCCUUUGAGGGGCCAGAAAAAGUGCACAGCUCAUACUUCGAAGGGAGGCAGGUGUCCAUGACAGAGGAUGGAACCCCGCUAUCCAUGGUGCAGUCCGAAUGUGGAGAUAUCGAAGUCCAUCAACAGGCAAACAUACCAUCUCACCCACCGCCACAGGGGGACCUAACAGAUGCCAUCACGGAGCUGGAGGAUGCCUUCUCCAGGCAGGUCAAGUCUUUGGCCGAGUCGAUAGAUGACGCACUGAACUGCCGCAGCCUUCAGGGGGAUGAAGGUCCUGAUCCUGACGUCAUGGGCUGCUCCAAGGUGGAGGGCCAAGUGCCCUAUCAGGUGAAGUCCCACCGCAGGGCAGCUGCACGGAUGCACGAUGAUGCAAUGGCAUCCUAUAGUGAUGUUACUUUGUUCAUUGAUGAGGAGGACAUGUCCCCUUCUAUCGCUCUUUCAAGAGGGGACCAACCAUCGAGUACAGAAUCAGACUUACGGUUGCGUUCAGUCAACUCCUCGCAGGAAUACUGGCCGAUUGACCCCAAAGAUGAGGGUCGUGACACAGACACAAGCUGCCGCAGCACUCCUUCUCUAGAGUGCCAAGAGCAGCGUCUUAGAAUGGACCACCUCCCUCUGUUGACCAUAGAACCUCCUAGCGAUAGUUCUGCAGAGCUCAGUGACCGGUCUGACCGUGGCUCUGUCAAACGGCCGCCUGUGUAUGAACCCCAUGGUCACAUCGUAACCUCAUCCCAAGCCAGCCCCAAACACAUUUCCCAUGGACCCCCACCACGAGCUCCUUCCCGAGAUGACGAUGCACCUCUGCGUCAUCGCCACCGACAGCUAGAAAGCCACUUGGCCAUUAACGGCUCAGCAAACAGACAGAGUAAGUCUGAAUCCGACUUCUCUGAUGGGGACAACGACAGCAUCAAUAGCACAUCAAAUUCAAACGACACCAUAAACUGCAGCUCUGAGUCCUCGUCAAGAGACAGCCUACGAGAGCAGACGCUAAGUAAGCAGACUUACCACAAAGAGACUCGAAACAGCUGGGAUUCACCCAUCUUCAGUAAUGAUGUUAUUCGCAAGAGACACUACCGCAUCGGCCUCAAUCUUUUCAACAAAAAGCCAGAGAAGGGCAUCCAGUACCUGACUGAGAGGGGAUUCAUCCCUGACACGCCGGUUGGUGUGGCCCACUUCCUACUUCAAAGGAAGGGGCUCAGCAGGCAGAUGAUUGGAGAAUUUCUUGGCAAUCGACAGAAGCAGUUUAACAGAGAUGUCUUGGAUUGUGUGGUAGAUGAAAUGGACUUCCAGGGCAUGGAGCUGGACGAAGCCCUCAGGAAGUUUCAGAACCAUAUCCGUGUCCAGGGUGAGGCUCAGAAGGUGGAGCGGCUCAUUGAGGCCUUCAGCCAGCGCUACUGCAUCUGUAACCCCACAGUGGUGCGGCAGUUUAGGAACCCAGACACCAUCUUCAUCCUAGCCUUUGCAAUCAUCCUCCUCAACACUGACAUGUACAGUCCCAAUGUCAAGCCUGAGAGGAAGAUGAAACUGGAGGACUUCAUCAAGAAUUUAAGAGGUGUUGAUGAUGGAGAGGACAUACCCAGAGAGACUCUUGUUGGCAUCUAUGAACGGAUUCGCAAGCGGGAACUUAAGACCAAUGAAGACCACGUCUCACAGGUGCAGAAGGUUGAGAAGCUCAUUGUGGGGAAGAAACCAAUUGGAUCACUCCAUCAUGGCUUAGGAUGUGUGCUGUCACUCCCCCAUCGUCGGUUGGUGUGUUACUGUCGCCUGUUUGAAGUGCCAGAUCCCAACAAGCUCCAGAAGCUGGGUCUGCACCAGCGGGAGAUCUUCCUGUUCAAUGACCUCCUAGUGGUAACCAAGAUUUUCCAAAAGAAGAAGAAUUCAGUUACGUACAGCUUCAGACAGUCCUUCUCUCUUUAUGGGAUGCAAGUCAUGCUGUUUGAAAACCAGUAUUACCCCAAUGGAAUCAGACUAACAUCGGCAAUACCUGGAGCAGACAUCAAAGUGCUCAUCAAUUUUAAUGCGCCCAACCCCCAGGACCGCAAGAAGUUUACAGAUGACCUACGAGAGUCUAUUGCAGAGGUGCAGGAAAUGGAGAAAUACAGAAUAGAGUCUGAGCUUGAGAAGCAGAAGGGAGUGGUGAGGCCCAGUAUGUCGCAGAGCUCCGGCCUGAAGAAGGAAGCUGGCAAUGGGAACAUGAACCGUGCCAGUCUGGAUGACAGCUAUGCCAUGGGAGAGGGCUUGAAAAGGAGCGCCCUCAGCAGCUCCCUGCGAGACCUCUCUGAAGCAGGCAAGCGAGGGCGUCGCAGCAGUGCAGGAUCACUAGACAGCAAUAUGGAAGGGUCCAUCAUUAGCAGCCCACACACAAGACGGAGGGCCACCACACCACGUGAGGGCGCACCCCGCUGCCAUCCCACCAUUCCUAACUCGGCGUCCACAUCCAUCCUUGGGUCACUCUUUGGCAGCAAGCGAGGGAAACCGCCAUCUCAGAGCCACCCCUCUGUCCCACAGCCAGGUCACCCCACCCUCAUAUCGCACAAGCCCCACCCGACCAACCUGCAUCACACAGCACAGGCAGUGCAUGCAGCGCAGCUCCACGGCCACCACUCCCAGUACUGCCAGGUCCCGCAGAAUCCCCCGCCUUACCACCACCACCACCACUACCACCCCCCUCCUCACACGCAGUACCACCAGCACCCAGCCUACACCUCGCAUGCGCUCCAACACCCCCACUCACAGCACAGCCAUUACAGCCAGCAUUCUCAUCACGCCUCACACUCCCAGCACGCCCCUCACCACCACAGUCAGCAAGCGGGUUCGGCGCCUGGCGGACCCAAACCCAAACACAGUGGCAUCAGCACCGUAGUGUGAUGCUCCUAACACAGAGAGGAGAAGCAAGAAGGGAACUUAAUGAAGGAGGGACAAUCGCUUACACCAAAGGGACUGACAGCAUAACUCUAUGGCCUGUCCACUGUGUUUUAGCUGCUGUGACGGGAAAACAAUCACACGCAGACACCUUUUACACUUCCAGGUCCAACCAAUAUGCAGGAUGGAAAUUGGACUCAAAUCUUCCACUAGGGGCCUUUACUAGCUUGCCCGAUUAGGGGCCCAUCAGGGUUUUUGUGUGUUGGUGUAGGGAGGGGAGGCAGUCUGCACAGGGAGAUGCUCCAAGUUUUCAACACACACCACCCAGCUGUGACAACUGAAGAGAAAAUAUGUUGUCUCCACAAGCCGUUACCUGCUACUUCAUCCCCUGAAAUAACCGGUCUUACCUUCACAUAAUCGGGGUGACCUAAGAUGAAAACAUGGCUGACUGUUUUCACAGUUUCUUGUGCACAGCCUUUCAGAAGUCAACCUUUAAGUUUGCAGAUCCUGCCAUCAUAUGAAUGCUAUUUGUUGUUGCUUCCUGUAGAGCUCAUAUAUAGUGAAAAUCUAGAUAUAACCAUUUCACUUUAACUUAAAUCAAAGGACAGGUAACUCGACUGAGUCAGUCAUUGUAGUUCUAGUUCUGUAUUUACUGUAGAUGACAGCUAUAUGUGUUGUCUCCUAGCUUUCAUAAAUAAAUGUGCCAAUUAUUAAUGCAUAACCUAUUUAGUCGAGACUUCAUGUACAGUAUAUUGUGUGUAAAGUAAUUUGUAAGAUUAAACUUACAAUUAUCAGCAAAAACGACUUAUCAGUAUUAUACUGACUCUGUGGUAACAGGAUGUAGAUCUGAAAGGAGUGAACUCCCAUUCAGUCCAGCCUUUAAUCUGUUCUGGAGCUUUUGCCUUUCCGAUGGAUCAGAAAGAGCUUCUGGAUGGCAGCUGUCGCAUGAGGGGCCUCGAAACGCUGUUCAGUCACAGCGGAAGUCUCAAAGUAGACUCUUUCUGACAAUUUUUCCAGCUGUAAAACUGGGCUGUUAGCUCAUUUCUCAUACUGUAGCUGCUCAAACCGUAAGAAGUAAUGAAGAAUAAAGAGUGAAAAAACAUUUUCAACACUUUGAGGCCCAGUUCCUGUUACAAAUUGCCCCACAGAAAGUGUCCAACAGCUUGUUGCCUUUAACUUAUGCAACAGCUGCUUUCUUGGCUCUUUUAAUCAAAACUUAAAAAGAAAAAAAUUCUUUUUUUUUUCUUUUUUUUUUUUUUUUGCCUUGUUUAGAUUAAUUUUUUAUUCAUCAGAAGGAUUUGGUGAGUGAAUUUAAUCAAUUCUUACACGGUUAAGUUUUUUUUAAAAUUUGUUUUCUAAUACAUGUGCAAUAUCUUUGUCCUGAUUUUGUACAUGAAAAAUAAGAAAGGUCUCCCUCCUGUGUGUGUUUUUCAUGUCACUAUUUAUUUAUUUUCAUUUUCAGACCCCCUGUCAGAUUCCUUCUUGGUAAAUUAAUGUCUAGCUGUCCUCGUGGUCUUCUGAGAGGUACAGAUUUAGAGUUCAGUGGAAUGUUUAGUGAGUUUUUUGCAUGUAUUGUUAUUGAUGUGAGGCUUUCCUCUGCACAUUGUAUAACAAAUCAGUGUUAUCAUAGCAAGUUUUAAGUGCAAUCAUGUUCAGAAAACACAGACUUGUGCUUAAAAGUGAAAGUCUGUGGUCCAGGAUGAGAUUCAGGUGAAAAAAAUUACCUUUUUUUUCUUCAUUUAAAAAUAUAUAAAUACUUAAACAGUUCACAGUGGAUAGAAGAAUGUGUGUAUAUAUUUUAAUAAAAGGAAAAUGCCUCUUCUUGGGUGGAACAGAAAUAUUUUGCUGAAUAAGCACAUAUGAAAGAACACUUUCAUUUUUUUUCAGGAAAUACAGUUAUAACGUACAAAAUGCAAGCUGAAUAAAAGAACUGGGUAUCUGUAAAGAAUAUCUUUGUACAUUCUACAAAUAAGUCUAUUCUAGUGUGUAAAUUAGUGACGGUAAACUGUUUGUCCCAAUAUUCAGGUUUUAAAUGUAUUUUAACGUUCAUGAAGAAAACCAUGGCCAGAUAUCGGGCUUUACAUCUUUUUCCUCAGAUUUACACACAUAUCACAUGCAGGACAUUAAUGAUCAGUUGAAUGUGUCUUUCCAUUGAUUUCACGUCUUUGCUAUAAUUCUGAAAUCUUGGGAUGAUGGAAAACCGACAAACCUGUUUACUUUGGUGUGUGUCAUAGUGCUCCAAAUGUCUACAGUCAUUUCUUUGUGAGAAAGUACCCCAACAAUGCACUGCAUGGAUCUGAUGCAUCAUGUGUCCUAUUCACUGUGAGCUGAUGGGGAAGAAGUCAGCCUAUAAAUUUGGACUUCUCUUUUGGUUUUGAUUCAUGUGGAAUUUUCUGACGUUGAUGUGUUCUUGUUGUUCCAUGUUUGCCUGGUAGUUAUUGAAGCUCAGCAUGCAUUUCAUCAACAAAGCCAUCAUGUAAAUUAGGAACAUAAAGAACAUUGCACUUCGUUGCCGAGGGCUUUCAUCGUGUAAAUAUGGGAUUUCGAUGUGCAAGCUGAUGAACUGCUUGGCAAGAGAGUUUAUCUUUAUGACGACUGUAAAGGGACCAAGUCUGGAGAUAACGGAGAUGUACAUAAUGUGUAUAUGAUCAGUGCUCUAUUCUGAUAUCUACAGUUAAGAUAAGGAUGUACAUAUGUCACCUCAUGGAUGGAUGUGAGGGGUGCUAAGUGAACAUAUCAAUUGUCUCUGCCUCCAGCUGUUAGGAAUUGACAUUUGCUGUGGAAAUCACAAACAGACUGUUAGAAAGUGUGCUGCCAUUUACAUCCAGCUCUCUUAUCUCUCUCACACACACACAUAAUGUACACACAGACAAAUGUACACUCAUCCUGCUGCGAGCUGUUAAGUCUGGCGUGAGACAAAUUAGAAAAAAAAAUGGAAGACAGGAAUGGCCUCAUUCAUAUGUGCAUUCUGUUUGUACAGUGAGUAGUGAGUCAGUUAUUGACCCCAGUUAUUGUAAAACUUCAACUGUGACAUUGUUGAGAACGCAAAAUAAACAAAUAUAUGACUUAUGGUA